CCAAUACAACCUCCAGUCAUACCAUAUACUUACUUACGAAUUGUAACUGACCUGAUGAAAUUUUAAUUUCGAGGAAGCUUCUGCUAGGGCUCCGCUGUGCUCUUCACGAAGCAGCCGUCGCUAGCCCGCCAUGUUCAACGCGCUAUUUGCUGAGGAGGCAGGCCACGCGGCCCCAGAGAGCAAGACCGAUGAUGGAGCGGAGGCAGGUGUUGGUGCCAGCACCUCGACAGGGGCAAACCAGUGGAACCUGUGGAGCGUCGCCACGGCAGUCACAAAUACAGUGAAAGCUCGCGCGGAUGAGCUGGUGAAGAGCGUGGUGGACACGGACUGGAAGAGCGAGUUGAGCACGUUCAGCCGCGAGGUCGGCGAGGAGUCCAAAACGCUCAAGGAGAAGACGGCGGAGCUGGUGGAGCAUCUGCCCGAGCAGGUGGUUCACCUGCCCGAGAAGGCUGAGGAGGUGCUUCAGUCGGCCACGGGGCAGGUGCAGCUGCCCAAGGAUGUGGGUCAGACGCUGGGCGGCGUGAGCGCGGCGCUGUCGGAGUUCGGCAAGACGCUGCUUAUGGGCACGCGUGAACUAAUUGACGAGCUGCGCGAAGGUGUGGACACGGAGAUUGCGGCGGCCUCGCGCGAGGGCAAGCGCGCCGGCCGGAGCAAGGCCGCCGCCACCAGUGCGGCCAAGCUGUCGGGCGUGCAGGCCAAAUACAACCGCUUCGAUGCCGAGGUGGCGGCCAUGCAGCGCGACAGCAGCACCUACUGCGACGAGCCGGAGGACGGCGAGGACUACGGCCGUUGGCGGGCGGGCUGGCGGCUGGAGGCGGUGGCGGCGGACAUUGCGCGCAUCACCGGCGAGAACGCGUUCAUGGCGGAGCUGCAGUCGCGGUUGGUGCCCAUCAUUGUGGAGCACGAGGACUUCUGGAGCCGCUACUUCUACAGGCUGCACAAACUGCAGCAGAAGGAGGAGCAGCGGCAGCAGCUGGCGGCGCGUGCCAAGACCCUGCAGGAGGACGAUGUGCCUCUGGGCUGGGGCGACGAGGACGAGGCGCCCGCCGCGCCCGCACCAGCAGCCGCUGACGCGGCCGCAGAGCAGGGCGGCGCCGCUGCUGCCGCUGCCCCAGCGGCGGUGGCCGCUUCGGCCAAGGAGGCUAAUCCGGCCAGCAGCAGCAGGGCGAAGAAAGCUGCCUCUUCGGAGGUGCCUGUGCCCCUGCCGCCGUCAGCCGAGCCGGCGGUGCCGGCCCCGGCUUCCACGUCAGCUUCUCCUGCUGCCGACCUCGCGGCGGCGCCCGCAACUGCACCGGCAGUGCCUGCACCCGCAGCUGCGCUGGCGCCCGCGGAGUCGCCCGCGACGCCGGAGGAGCGCAGCCCCAGCAAGGCCGAGGCGGAGCCGGCCGCCGGCUCCGACAGCGCGGUGCAGAGCGGUGGCGGCGCCAGCAGCAGCACCGUGGAGCACGUGGACGCGGACGGGGCGCACCUGGAGUCGGAGCCGCACGCGGAGACCGCCAGCGACAGCAGCACACGUGACUACGUCGUGGUCAGCUCUGAAUCCAAGCCCGCGGCGGCAGGUCCAAGCAGCACCGGCGGCGCAGGUACGCCGCCGGCGUCGGGCACGCCGGCAAAGAGCGUGGGGGGAGCGCCGGACUCGCCGCAGCUACCGGGUGGGGGCGCAGCGGGCCCGAGCCCGGAGUGGGACGACAGCCCCGCGCGCCAGGCCCCGGCAGCUUUGGCGCCGGCCGCGAAGGCAACUGCGGAUUCAGAUGACGAGGGCGAGUCUGCAAAGCCGGCGUCCACUUCCUUGGGUGCGGCGGCAGCUGCCAGCGGCAAGGAGGCCACGGCAAGUUCUGCGGCUGUGGCCAAACCAGCAGCCGCGGCUGGGCCGAAGGCCGGUCCUACAGGCGGCAAGGAUGAAGAGGAGGUGGACGAGGAUUGGGGCAACUGGGACUGAGCCCUCCGUGUGCGGAUGCUGUGGUAUACGUGGUAUCGUGCGAUGCAUGGGGAGGUCGGCCGCAUAAUUGGUGAUGAGUAUCAGGAGUGCGCACCGCCAUGGCCCUGGUGACGAAGCAGGUCGCAUCAUUGUUGGCCCAGAGCGUUGGGGCGCGUUGCAGUGAGGGCGGAGGGAAGUUGCAGCAGUUGCAAAAGCGCCGUAAAUAGGCCUUAGGGGCGGUCGCAGCCUGCGAGCCGCCUUGUACCAUCACACCCCAGCGGUGACCCUAGGCAGAGAGUUGCAAUGCAGGUUGGCUACGAGGGAUGAGCGGAAGCGCAGCCGGGUGUAGGGCAUUGUGGUAGCUGCGUGGCACGCGAGCGAGGCGCAAGUGCUGCAUGGUACAGUAAGAUGUACGCUUCACCAGACCCGGAACGUCCGGUGCGAUCCCAGUUCCCAGCGGUGACAAGAGUAAGGGCCGUCGCGCUUGCGUAGCGUGGCUUUGCGUCUUCCCUGCAUUACGUGAAGGCCUCAGACCAGCGGAAAUCUAUGUGAUGGCUGUGAUGGCACACUAGUGAAUGCAGGAUUGGCGGCUGAGUGGUCGAUUUCUCUUUGGUGCGUGUCAGGGGUGAUGCGUGUGCACAGGCCGUGUAAACUAUGGUUUC